CGCACGAUUGCCAGCAGUGAAAAGUCUGUUAAAAAAGAACAAGACAAAACUUUUUAAAAGUCACGUGACCGUAAUCGGACAAUGUGGACUCCUGCCGCGGUCCGGACCUUGCUGCUCCCAUUAUGUUUCUUGACGGCGGCGACGUCCGCCUACUCAAGUGGUCCGCCGGACACCGCGUGCGGUCUUAUGAUCCCUGGCCACGGCGGCUCGAACAGCCAGCCUUUCAACCCCUACUCCCUGACGGUGUCCAAGAGCACGUACUCUCCCUCCGAGACGAUCACGGGUAAGCAUACAUUCUGUCGAGAUGUGUUUUCUUCUUCCCCUCAGCGUGAUUGCUACUCAUGGUGUAGUGUUGCCUAGAUGUAAGCUCACAUUCAAAUGGAACUUGUCUGAUGACGGCAGAAGCCCCGAGUGCCGCAGCAAGUUUCAAAACAAAAUAGAUUUUCUGCUCGUUCUCAUGGCGUUUGGGGUGGAGGAUAUCCCUAAAGCAUAUUGAGUUAUCCUUUAUUUACAAAAAAAAAAAAAAAAAAAACCUAAAAAAAAAAAAAAAAAAAAAAAAAAAGCUUUUAAAAAUUAACUAAUGGAAAAAUAAUUUAAUUCUAUAAUGAGAAAUGAAAGUAUGUGAUCAGGCUCAUAAAAUGCUGCUCAGAUUUUUAAAAAAAAUUAAUUAUUUCUGCGAUAUCAGAAUUUUUUUUUUAAAGGGACGCAUCAAAAUCUAGUAAGUGACGUGAUAUGUGCGGGGAGGGGGGGGGGAGGGCAUCUGUUUAUGAUUUGAGAGUUCACAUUAUGACGAUUUUGUUAUUAACCUUUGAAUUCAGUAACCAUUAACGCUCCCGGAGACAAACCGUUCAAAGGAUUCAUGCUACAAGCCAGAGAUGUCAACGGUACAGAUUUUGUCGGCACAUUUCAAGCGCUCCCGGGAACCAAGUUC